CGUCACGUCCGUCUCGCAGACGGAGUCUCCUCGCUAUUUCUGAGGCGCGUGCCGUGGAGGUGGGAGGGCGAAGUCAGCGAGGCAGUGGGGAGACGGGGCAGGUGCAUCUGGACUAACUUUACCGAGUCUGUUUGAGGGAAGAGGUUGUGAGGAUCGUAUCUUCCGGGACGCAUUUCACGUGGGAAGGCGCUUCACGCCUGGAACUGUCAGCAGCCGGCGCGUGAAGAGCUCCUGCUGCGAGCGGGCGCGGGACCUCUGGCCUGGCAGCCUCAGGACCUAGUGGGUCAGGCGCUCACGCUGUUCCCACUGCACGACCUCAGUGCCUUGCCUGGCGCCUCCCGUCCUGUAACUGGCCGACUUGGGGUCCCACCCGGGCUUCUCCAGCGGCUGGGAAGGGGCUCUGCUUCCGGAAGUAUUAGGAAGGGAGGCAGCGUGAAGCAGGAGUCCCUACUUCCGAGCAUCGCUAAAGCCUUUUCUCCCCUGGCAGCCGAUUUCCUUUUCUUUGGAAAGGACGUCAGUUUUUUCGCUUGUUGAAACUGUUCAGAGAUGCGGUCUUGUGGGCAAAUACAUGCCUGUUUAACUGAGCUGUUAUUUCCAGCUAGUCGAUGGCCAGGUGGUCUUCAUAAACUAUACUGCCUUGUGAUGUCUCCCUAGAAAUGAGAGGUCUCAGCACUAGCUCAGACCAUGUGGACCGCGGAUGAGAUUGCUCUGCUGUGCUAUGAGCACUAUGGCAUCAGGCUGCCCAAGAAGGGGAAGCCUGAGCCAAACCAUGAGUGGACAUUGUUGGCAGCUGUGGUGAAGAUACAAUGUCCAGCUGACCAGGACUGCGACACCCCUGAUAAGCCGGCACAAGUGACAAAGGAAGUUGUCUCAAUGGGAACGGGAACAAAAUGCAUAGGCCAGUCCAAAAUGAGGAAGAGCGGAGACAUCCUCAAUGAUAGCCAUGCUGAGGUCAUAGCCAGAAGGAGUUUCCAAAGGUACCUUCUCCAUCAACUCCAGUUGGCAGCCACCCUGAAAGAGGAUAGCAUCUUUGUCCCAGGAACUCAAAAAGGACUGUGGAAACUCAGACGAGACCUCAUUUUCGUGUUUUUCUCCAGCCACACACCCUGUGGGGAUGCCUCCAUCAUUCCGAUGCUUGAGUUUGAAGAUCAGCCUUGCUGUCCUGUCAUCAGAGAUUGGGCCAGCAACUCAUCAGUAGAAGCCAGCAGUAACCUGGAAGCUCCUGGAAAUGAAAGAAAAUGUGAAGACCCUGACAAUCCUGUAACCAAAAAGAUGAGGCUUGAGCCUGUGACUGCGGCCAGGGAGGUCACCAAUGGAGCCGCUCACCAUCAGAGUUUUGGCAAGCAGGAAAGUGGCCCAGUCUCACCAGGCAUCAACAGCUGUAAUCUCACUGUAGAGGGACUGGCUGCUGUCACCAGAAUAGCCCCUGGUAGUGCCAAAGUGAUAGACGUUUAUAGAACUGGAGCCAAAUGUGUACCUGGAGAAGCUGGAGACUCCGGGAAGCCUGGUGCUGCGUUUCACCAGGUGGGGCUGCUCCGAGUGAAGCCAGGCCGUGGAGACAGAACACGCUCCAUGUCCUGCAGUGACAAGAUGGCCCGAUGGAAUGUCCUCGGAUGCCAAGGGGCACUGUUGAUGCACUUCCUGGAAGAGCCUAUCUACCUGUCAGCUGUGGUCAUUGGGAAGUGCCCAUACAGCCAGGAAGCCAUGCAGAGAGCACUGACUGGAAGGUGUCAGAAUGUAUCUGCUUUACCAAAAGGCUUUGGAGUUCAAGAACUAAAAAUACUGCAGUCAGAUUUACUAUUUGAACAGAGCCGCUGUGCAGUACAGGCCAAAAGGGCUGACAGCCCAGGUCGACUUGUUCCUUGUGGGGCAGCCAUCAGCUGGAGUGCAGUUCCUCAGCAGCCUUUGGAUGUUACUGCCAAUGGCUUUCCACAGGGAACAACAAAGAAAACAAUUGGAAGUCUUCAGGCAAGAUCCCAAAUCAGCAAAGUGGAACUGUUUAGAUCAUUCCAGAAGCUGCUAAGCAGAAUUGCAAGGGACAAGUGGCCAGACUCCCUCAGGGUGCAGAAGCUGGAUACCUACCAAGAUUACAAGGAGGCUGCGUCCUCUUACCAGGAAGCCUGGAGCACACUCCGGAAGCAGGCGUUUGGAUCCUGGAUCAGAAACCCACCGGAUUAUCACCAGUUCAAGUGAGAAGGAAAUGUUUGCUCUGGUAGCAGGACCCUUCAUCCUGAACUGCCUUCCUUCACACAGGACAAGUCUUAGCUUUUUUGAUGGUUAAAUCAGGGAAUAUUCUUUCUGAGCACUGCAUCUCUGUUGUGUAAUACAGAUGGAAUCUGGAACUUAGAGCAGGUUACACUUGAUUGAAGUAGCUCUCUGCUAAAAUGGCAUCUCACUAAUGACCUCGCUAUCUGACUUCCAUUGUGUUUUAUUGCUUCUCUAAAAUAUGAAAUCAGGGUUUGGAACAUGAUGCUUUAAAAGUACUCCACAGCAGCUCUGUUUUAUGGGUUCCUACAUUGAUUCAGCAAAUAUUUAUUGAGCUGAAAUGAUGUUUGACACUCUGCAAGUUUUACAGCUUUGCCUAGCAUAGCGAACAUAUAUUUUGUAUUCCCAGCCUUUCUUCCUUCGAGGAGCCAUUCUUUUUCCAUUCUUGAGUGAUCCUGCUCUGUGCCUCAGACUUGGCUGAAGCUAACCUUACUCCCUGGCUCUAGGAAUAGCCUGUGAGCCAGCCCUGGACUGCCCUGGAAUUGUUCUCAGAGGUAUCAGGAAAGGCUGUCUGUUUUGAUCUGGAGCUGUAAGAGUCAUCAUGGGACUGCCGACAGCCAUCUUUUCCUACUACCUAGAGAAAGCCAGCAAAGAAUGAAGGCAACAAAGGAAACAGCCAAGAGAAUCAAAGAUCUAGUAACACUGUUUAGAUGCCUGAAGCCAGUGCCCACCCUAGACAUCAAUUAUGUGAGACAAAUUCCUAUCGUUAUUUUGAUUAAGCCUAUUUGUGUUGGUUUUCUGACUUACAGUUGAAAGAAUUCUGUCCAAAAAGCCAAAAGGUGGCCAGGUGAGGUGGCUCAGGCCUGUAAUCCCAGCACUUUGGGAGGCCAAGGCAGGCAGAUCACUUGAGGUCAGGAGUUCAAGACCAACCUGGCCAACAUGGUGAAACCCUAUCUCUACUAAAAAUACAAAAACAAGCCAGGCAUGGUGGUGUGCGCCUUUAAUCCCAGCUACUCGGGAGGCUGAGGCAGGAGAAUUGCUUGAACCCAGGAGACGGAGGUAGCGGUGAGCGAAGAUCUCAUCACUGCACUCCAACCUGGGUGACAGAGCAAGACCCUAUCUCAAAAAAAAAAAAAAAAGCCAAAGGCCCUACAGCAAAUCAGCAACAGACCCAGCAGCCAAUCCUAUUUUAACUAAUGUUGAAUGUUUAACACUCAACUUUAGCCUUUGAAUGAUUGACUGAAAAUGGAAGCGCCCAUGUUGGGGUUACUCGAGGUCCUUAUUGGUUCUUCAGCAUUUUGUGGCUAUAUUUUUUAAUAACAGCUGUAUUGAGAUAUAAUUCACAGACCAUAAAAUUCACUCAACUAAAGUAUACAAUUUAAAAGUUAUUAGGCCCAGCACGGUGGGUCACACCUGUAAUUGCAACACUUUGGGAGGCUGAGGCAGGCGGAUCACCUGAAGUCAGGAGUUCAAGACCAGCCAGGCCAACAUGAUGAAACCCCAUCUCUACUAAAAAUACAAAAGUUAGCUGGGCAUGAUGGUGCACACCUGUAAUCGCAGCUACUUGGGAGGCUGAGGCAGGAGAAUCACUUGAACCUGGGAGGCGGAGGUCAGAGGUUGCAGUGAGCCAAGAUCACGCCACUGCACUCCAGCCUAGGUGACAGAGUGAGACUCUGUCUCAAAAAAAAAAAAAAAAAAAGUUUUUAGUAUGUCCACAGAGUUGUGCAACCAUCAGUUUUAGAACAUUUUCAUCACAAAUUUUGUGCCUGUAAUAGUUUCCUAGAGCUGUUUCUUAACGAAGUACCACAAGCUGGGUGGCUUAAGACAACAGAAAUGUAUCCCUGGCCAGGUGCGGUGGCUCACGCCUGUAACCCCAGCACUUUGGGAGGCCGAGGUGGGCAGAUCACGAGGUCAGGAGAUCAAGACCAUCCUGGCCAACAUGGGGAAACCCUGUCUCUGCCAAAAAUACAAAAAUUAGCCAGGCAUAGUGGUGCAUGCCUAUAGUCCCAGCUACUCAGGAGGCUGAGGCAGGAGAAUCUCUCAAACCCAGGAGGUGGAGGUUGCAGUGAGCCGAGAUCGUGCCACUGCACUCUAGCCUGGGUGACAGAGCAAGACUCCGUCUCAAAAAAUAAAAAGAAAUGUACCCGCUUUCAGUUCUGGAGGCUAGAAGUCCAAACAGGGUGUUGGUGGGGCUUCCACUUCCUCUAAAAUCUUUAGGGCAGGGGCCCCCAGCCCCGGAGCCACAGAUCAUUACUUGUCUGUGGCCUGUUAGGAACCAGGUCGCACAGCAGGAGGUAAGUAACGGGUGAGCAUGCUAAGUUUCAUCUGUAUUUACAGCCACCCCCCAUCGCUCACGUUACUACCUUAGCUGCUCCUCCUGUCAUACCAGCGGUGGCAUUAGAUUCUCAUAGGAGUGUGAAUCCUAUUGUGAACUGCAUGUGCAGGGGAUCUAGGUUGCACACUCCUUAUAAGAAUAUAAUGCCUGAUGAUCUGUCACUGUCUCCCAUAACCUCCAGAUGAGACUAUCUAGUUACAGGAAAACAAGCUCAGGGCUCCUACUGAUUCUACAUUAUGGUGAGUUGUGUCAUUAUUUCAUCAUGUAUUAAUAAUAGAAAUACAGUGCACAAUAAAUGUAAUGCACUUCAGUCAUCCCAAAACUAUCCCCUAUCCCCACCCCUAGAUCUGUGGAAAAAUUGUCUUCCAUGAAACCAGUCCCUGGUGCCAAAAAGGUUGGGGACUGCUGCUCUAAGGAAGACUUUUUCAUGCCUCGGGGACUGCUGCUC